GUUGUUAUCAUUAAUGUAAAAAAAUGGGGAAAUGCCCAGCUUUGAUGAUCUUCCUCACUUCUUCUCUUCUUCUUGUCCUUCAAAACCUUGAAGCCGUUAACGCCGUGGGGUGUGCCGGAAACUUCUUCAACGCUAACAGCAGCUACGUUCAGAACCGCGACAAUCUCUUCUCUACUCUUGCUGAUAAAGUCGUCGCCAAUAAUGGAUUCUACAAUGCUUCACUCGGCGAAAUUCCCAACAGAGUUCACGCUCUUGUCUUCUGCGCAAGAGGCUACGAGCAACAAUCUUGUAUCAGUUGCGUCCAAAGCGCGACUCAAGAGAUACAAACGAGUUGUCCAAAUCGCAUGGAUUCGUUCAGGUGGGACAAUGACGAUGUAGACCAUGUUUCUUGUCUUGUACGUUCCUCAAACCACUCAACUUUCUAGAGCCUCGAGCUUCGACCUGUUGUCAUACACCCAAGUCCACUUAGUAUCGAACCAUCCAAGGACAUGGCCCUUUUCAGUAAACAGUGGGAAGCAACGGUUAAUCGGACUGUCCAUGCUGCCACGGAAGCUGAAACUUCCUCGCUACUUCAGUACUAUGGUGUUGUAGAAGCCGAGUUCACGGAAUUUCCAAAUGUAUACAUGCUGAUGCAGUGCACGCCUGACAUAACUUCCCUAGAGUGCAAGAGAUGUUUGGAAAACUGCGUGUCAUAUUUUCAAAAACAGUUUUGGGGAAGACAAGGAGGCGAGGUUAGUCGUCCGAGCUGUGUUUUCAGGUGGGAUCUAUAUUCUUUCGAUGGUGCUUUUGAAAAUGUAACAAGAGUCCCUGCGCCUCCUCGAAACCAGGCUCAGGCUCAGCCACCCGCAACGGGAAGUUCUAUAAAAGACAAGAAAGGAGGAAGCAUUAGGUAUGGUGGAAUUAUCGCGAUAACUGUGCCUACUUUCAUUAAUCUUUUGGUGUUUAUUGGUCUCAUCAAACUCUAUGCUCGGAAGAGAAAAUCAAACAACGGAAUCAAUGGUAAGGUAUGUGCCUUGUUUCUUGUUUCAGUCAGCCUUAUGGUGUAAAUAGUACUUUUUUCAGUUGGUAGGGCAGAGUACUCUGAGUCAGAUGGUCAAUUUAUCCUACGGUUUGAUCUUGAUAUAAUCUUGAUGGCAACCAAUGACUUCUCGACUGAAAAUAAGCUUGGCCAAGGUGGAUUUGGCACGGUUCAUAAGGGGACAUUACCAACCGGUCAAGAGAUAGCGGUGAAGAGAUUAACAAAAGGUUCAGGACAAGGAGAUGCAGAGUUUAAGAAUGAAGUUUCACUAUUGACAAGACUCCAACAUAGGAAUCUUGUUAAGCUUCUUGGGUUCUGUAAUGAAGGAGACGAACAGGUUCUUGUCUACGAGUUUGUCCCCAACUCAAGUCUUGAUCACUUUAUCUUCGAUGAAGAGAAGAGUUCGCUUCUUACAUGGGAGGUGAGAUUCAAAAUUAUAGAAGGCGUUGCUCGAGGUCUUGUUUAUCUCCAUGAAGAUUCUCAGCUGAAGAUUAUUCACCGAGACUUGAAGGCUAGCAACAUCCUUUUAGAUGCAGAGAUGAACCCUAAAGUUGCAGACUUUGGGACCGCAAGGUUGUUUGACACUGAUGAGACUCGAGCUGAAACAAAAAGAAUAGCUGGAACCCGUGGAUAUAUGGCUCCUGAAUACCUGAACCACGGGCAAAUCUCAGCUAAAUCUGACGUUUAUAGCUUCGGUGUUAUGCUUCUAGAAAUGAUAAGUGGUGAAAGAAACAAUAGUUUCAAAGGAGAAGGACUUGCAGCUUUCGCAUGGAAGAGAUGGAUUGAAGGAAGGCCUGAGAUUAUAAUUGAUCCUUUCUUGGUAAAGGAUCCGAGUAACGAGAUCAUUAAAUUGAUCCAGAUUGGUUUGUUGUGUGUUCAAGAAAAUGCAACAAAGAGACCAACCAUGAGCUCUGUCAUACUUUGGCUUGGUAGUGAGACUAUCACCAUUCCUUCACCUAAGGCUCCUGCUUUCAUUGGGAGUCAAUCCCAAUCCGAAGAUGGUACAACGUCAAUGAGCAAUGUCUUCACGGAGUUGAGUUCUCGUUGAGUUAUAAAUUUUUUU